GCAGGCAGGCCCCGCGCGGCGGCCGGGGUUGGGCGGCGGCGGCGGCCUCGGGCCUCGGGGCUUCGGGGUGGCCAGCCAUGACCUUCGGGCGCAGCAGGGCGGCCUCGGUGGUGCUGAACGUGGGCGGCGCCCGGUACUCGCUGUCCCGGGAGCUGCUGAAGGACUUCCCGCUGCGCCGCGUGAGCCGGCUGCACGGCUGCCGCUCCGAGCGCGACGUGCUCGAGGUGUGCGACGACUACGACCGCGAGCGCAACGAGUACUUCUUCGACCGGCACUCGGAGGCCUUCGGCUUCAUCCUGCUCUACGUGCGCGGCCACGGCAAGCUGCGCUUCGCGCCGCGGAUGUGCGAGCUCUCCUUCUACAACGAGAUGAUCUACUGGGGCCUGGAGGGCGCGCACCUCGAGUACUGCUGCCAGCGCCGCCUCGACGACCGCAUGUCCGACACCUACACCUUCUACUCGGCCGACGAGCCGGGCGCGCUGGGCCGCGACGAGGCGCGACCUGGCGGUGCCGAGGCGGCCCCCUCCCGCCGCUGGCUCGAGCGCAUGCGGCGGACCUUCGAGGAGCCUACGUCGUCGCUGGCCGCGCAGAUCCUGGCCAGCGUGUCGGUCGUGUUUGUGAUCGUGUCCAUGGUGGUGCUGUGCGCCAGCACUCUGCCGGACUGGCGCGCCGCGGCGGCCGACAACCGCAGCCUGGAUGACCGGAGCAGGUACUCCGCCGGCCCUGGGAGGGAGCCCUCCGGGAUAAUUGAAGCUAUCUGCAUAGGCUGGUUCACGGCGGAGUGCAUUGUGAGGUUCAUCGUCUCCAAAAACAAGUGUGAGUUUGUCAAGAGACCCCUGAACAUCAUUGAUUUACUGGCGAUCACGCCGUAUUACAUCUCCGUGUUAAUGACCGUGUUUACGGGUGAGAACUCUCAACUCCAGAGGGCUGGAGUCACCUUGAGGGUGCUUAGAAUGAUGAGGAUUUUUUGGGUGAUUAAGCUUGCCCGUCACUUCAUUGGUCUCCAGACACUUGGUCUGACUCUCAAGCGAUGUUACCGAGAGAUGGUUAUGUUACUCGUCUUCAUUUGUGUUGCCAUGGCAAUCUUUAGUGCACUUUCUCAGCUUCUUGAACAUGGGUUGGACCUGGAAACAUCCAACAAGGACUUCGCCAGCAUCCCCGCUGCCUGCUGGUGGGUGAUUAUCUCUAUGACUACAGUUGGCUAUGGAGAUAUGUAUCCUAUCACCAUGCCUGGGAGAAUUCUUGGAGGAGUCUGUGUUGUCAGUGGGAUUGUUCUCUUGGCAUUACCGAUCACUUUUAUCUACCAUAGCUUCGUGCAGUGUUACCAUGAGCUCAAGUUUAGAUCCGCUAGAUACAGUAGAAGCCUCUCUGCCGAGUUCCUCAAUUAAUGCAUUGCAAAUCGAUUCUUGCAUACAUGUUUGGUAGAAAGAGUUGACACUACUUCCUAUUCAUCAUGUGUUGCUUGCUGGGAGAGCCCUACAGUGGUACUGUCAUCGUGCUGGUAGGGUAGAAAUUAUCCUUCCCAGCUGAAGGGAGGAAAGAAUUUCCUUAGAAUGGAGUAAAUAGAAUUGAGACUUCAAAGGAAAAGUAAUAACUCCUAGAAUAAAUUUUAGGAUCUUAUUUUAUUUAGGCUUGUCUCCUCCUUGUCUUGAACGAUUACACUUUUUGUGUUUGUUUUAAAGUAUAUUAUUUGAACAUUUUAAAACUGAAAGGUACUAUUUUCCAAAUGUUUCUCCAUCUUAUGAAUUCAGAAGAAGCUUGGAAGUUACAGUGUUUUUUGUUGGAGAGCAACAUUUUCAUUUCUAAAUGUUUUAUAAUCUCUCAUAUCAAUGUCAGAAGUAUCCUGGAAACAUAUGUCACACGCGGGAACUGUUUAACAAAUACUUAAAAAUUUUGGCCAAAUUUUAAACUGUAUAAUGGAGCUAGAUACAAGCAAGGAUAGUAUGUGAAAAACUUUUCCAGCAUAUUUCUCAAUUCCCUGAUUUAUUUUUGUUUCUAUUAUUCACCUUAUCAUACAGCUUCAUGGAUCCUUGAGCAUGUUUUCUUUUUUCCAUUUUGGAUUUCUUUUAUCUCUUCACUGAAAUGAUUCAACACAGUGUUUCAGAAUGAGGAGAGCUUGUAUUGUUUAGCAUUUUAUUGGAGUUGAUUUUACUUGAAUUCACCGCUAUUACUAGGUGAUAAUUGUCCUAACAUUCAGAUGUCCAAACAAGAAUAUUUCUAACAUAAAAAAUGGUAAUAGAAAUAGUUUGAUACUACAACCCAUAUUUAUCUUCUUCUGCUCUUAAUUUUUGCCGUGGGUUUAAUGAGACUUACCAGAUGAAAGGAUGUUUAUGUAGCCUUUUUAUACCAAAGUCAUACUUAGAUGUUGUCACUGGAUUAUCAUAAAAAGAGAAAUUAAAUAUUUCCUUAUUCUCGGUUGCUAUGUAGCUAAGCCAAUUUUAAGCCAGCUAAAAACAAUGAAUACAUAACUGUUUGAUCUGAGCUUCGCCAUUUUAAAUUGUAGCUAACCAAAACUUAUUAUACCAAUAUUGAACAAGAUGCCACAUUAAUCUGGGUAGAUUAUUAGAACUAGAUAAUAUAAAACUGAUGACUAUUUAGUGCUAAAUUUUAGCAAUAUGAAUUAAGAUUUUGCUUUGCUAGCCAGUUGCCAUAAAGAAGUCAGUAUGUAAGCACAAAAAAUUAAAAUAAUAGAUUCACAAAUAGUUUAAUGUUAUACAUUGUAAUUUAAUGGAAUGUAGAGGGCAGAUAUAUAGGAGAUGGAACCUGGUUAUAUUUAUCAAGGAAUGGAAUAUUCAUUAGAAGAAUAUUGACCAUCAUGUAGUUCAGACCUCAUUUAGUACAGGUAGACAAUCAGGGCAAGAGAGGAUAUGAUUGUGGAGGAAUUAGGGCCCAAACCCGGAUCACUAGAAUCCUGCCUAUCUAGCCCAGCAGCUUUUUUUUUUUUUUUUUAAGGUUUAUUUAUUUAUUUGGGAGGGGGACAAAAGGGGAGGUGCUGAAGGAGAGGAGAGAGAGAAUCUUCAGCAGACUCCUUGGUGAGCCUGAAGCCUCUCACCACCCUGAGAUCAGGACCUGAGCUGAAACCAAGAGUCAGAAGCUUAACUGACUCAACCACCCAGACGCCCCACCCGGAAGAUUUUUCUCAACAUACAUCUGAGGUUUGAGAAAAACCUCAAAGCCGCACUUCUUUGCCAUUGGCAUUGCUGGGAUAAUAAUAGCAAAACCGUAUCUUUCCCCUAAUUUAUGAGUCUAUGUGAUAUUUUGGCCAUUAAAAGAAUCUCACCCCAUCUUUUUUACUAUGCUGCACUGGUAUGCUGCUCAUUAUAUGCUCAAAAUAAAUUCUGUUAUUCAUUGUAUAUUUAUUGUAUUUUAAUAUAUUUGAAAUAAAUGGCAUGGAUUUAUUUUUUCUUA